AAACAUUUUGUCUAUGCAUACCAAAUCUUCAGAGAAAAACAUGGAUAUUACAAGAUACAGAUUUUCAUGAUCAACUGGAAAUGCACAAAGGACGGACAGGAUUGGAUGCUGCACACAAUCUACCAGCAGAAGGUCAAGGUCAAGACUGUGGAAGCAGUGGAUGGGAAGUUUCCCAGGCUGACCUCAAACUCCUAGGGCCAAGCAGUCUUUCUGCCUGAAUCUCCUUAGCAUCUGGGAAGAUUGGCAAGAGCCACCAUUGCUAACUUUUCUUCAGUGGGUUCUAAUAAAAGCCCUAUGUGGUAAAUCUACUAUUCUCUCCAUUUCACAGACGAACAUCUCCAUGUAGAAGAGUAAUGUCUCUUGCGCAGUGCUACAGUUAAUAAGGAGCACAAUCAGAAUUCUAAUCCAGGCAGACUGUCCCCAAAACUUAUUUUUGGGCUUUCUCAAGAUGGCGGCUGCUAAGGAAGGUGCUGCUGUUGAAGUGGCGUUGGGGACCAGGCAGCGGCUUCACUUGGGAAUUCCUGAAGCAGUGUUUGUGGAAGAUGUAGAUUCCUUCAUGAAACAGCCUGGCAAUGAGACUGCAGAUACAGUACUGAAGAAGCUGGAUGAACAAUAUCAGAAGUAUAAAUUUAUGGAACUCAACCUUGCUCAAAAGAAAAGGAGACUGAAAAGUCAGAUUCCUGAAAUUAAGCAGACUUUAGAAAUUCUAAAAUACAUGCAGAAGAAAAAAGAGUCCCCCGAUUCAAUGGAGACCAGAUUUUUAUUGGCAGAUAGCCUGUAUUGCAAAGCUUCGGUUCUUCCUACUGAUAAAGUGUGUCUGUGGUUGGGGGCUAAUGUAAUGCUUGAAUAUGACAUUGAUGAAGCUCAGGCAUUGUUGGAAAAGAAUGUAUCUACUGCUACAAAGAAUCUUGAUUCUCUUGAAGAAGACAUUGACUUUCUUCGAGAUCAGUUUACUACUACCGAAGUCAAUAUGGCCAGGGUUUAUAACUGGGAUGCAAAAGGAAGAAACAAAGAUGAUUCAACCAAGAGCAAAGCAUAAUGCUGUCAACAAAAAAUGUGAUUCAGAAAAAAAAAUGUGAUUCAGUUUUCCAAACAUGUUGUUAUAAAUAUAUGUGUUUUUCUUUUAAAGGUUAACAUUAGUUUUAUUUUUUAACAAGAAUGAUUAAAUUUUAAGAUAAACACCCAUUUUAUUUAUUUAUAAACGAAAUAUAUUUCAAAUAGUACAGAAAAUUAUUUCAUACUUCCCAACAAAAUUAAUGCUGUUUUUAAUCUUUUCUCUUUUUUUUUGGUGUAUCAAAUGAUAACUCAACUGAAUGAUAUGGAAGACUGAAUGCUGGGCACUAGCAGUUUACUUUUUCUUUGUUAAUUGACGUUACUUUCAUUUGAUAUCGUUAACUAUUUUAGAGUUAGGAACUACAGUCUCAUUAUUUGUAAACUUGUUUUUCUUUAAUACUUAUAGGACAUUAUGUUGCUUUCUGUUGUGUUGUCAAUUCUAUAAAUGGGAUUUCAUGAGUUACCAUGUAACCAAUAACUACUAUUGAGACAACACUUUUAACCACAAAUAAGUGCAUAAUGUCUUUGUGAUGCCAAUAUAAGGGAGAUCUUGGCCAAUGGGAGUACUACACAUUUGAAAUACAUAGCUGAUUCUGUAUUUUUUACAAAACCAUUCUCCAAAGCAUCUUGAACAGGAAUAUUUGGAUAAAUGUAAAUCUGAAAUGGUUAAAAAGAAUUGUGAGCUUUUUCAUUCAUAAAUCUGCAUAGGAA